AGCCGUGCGUCGGGGACUUGGCUCUCUGAAGGAGGUCUCCCCGUGGUCGUCGCCAGUUCGCCAUGGUGAGAACCUCUCGCCAUGAAGAGCAGGAGGACGGCCUACAGUCCCUGCUCGCAUACUUCAGGUGUAGCUCCUGCUGCACGACCGAUGGCGAUGGGGUCGCCACGCACAUCUCCGGCCAGUCAAUGUGGUUCCAAGGGGCGCAGGACUUGGACCCUGAGAAGGAAGAGCCCUUCCCCGGGGACCUGCCGUUGACCAAAGCGGACGGCGUGACCGAGCGCGGCAUGGUGCAGCUGGCGGACGAUGCCAUCUAUGCAGGUCAGUGGCUGGGAGACCAGCGCCACGGGCACGGCAGCCUGACCCGCCCGGACGGGGGGCGCUACGACGGCCAGUUCCGGAACGACAAGGCCCAUGGUGCCGGCAGGUUCCGCCACGGCAACGGCGACAUGUACGCGGGCCAGUGGUUUGAGGACAAGGCACAUGGCCACGGAAAGUUCCUCCAUGCAGACGGCUCCUCCUACGAGGGCGAAUGGGACAUGGACGUGAAGUCUGGCAGAGGCUUUGAGACCUGGCAAGAUGGGUCUCACUUCAAAGGUGAGUACCGAGACGGGGUGAAGUGUGGCGCUGGGUACUUCCAGGCGGCCGACAGCUCAAGCUACUCGGGGCAGUUCUGCAACGACGUCAUGGAAGGUGAGGGUACCUACCACUUCGCGGACGGCAGAGUCUACACGGGCCAUUGGCGGAGCAGUCAGAUGCAUGGUGCUGGGUCGAUGACCUGGCCGGAUGGCCGGUUUUUCAAAGGCGGCUUCAUCGAGGACCGCAAGUCGGGUGAGGGCAUUUUCACCUGGCCGGAUGGCAGGUCGUACUCCGGGCAGUGGGAGCAGGGGCGCCAGCACGGCGUCGGCACCUUUGUGGACCAGAAGGGAAGGCAGCGGAAAGGCUUGUGGAAUGAAGGGCAGCGGCUGAAAUGGCUGGAGGCCUGAUGCUCGUUCAUCAGCGGUUUGCACAGGACCGGUCGACAAAGCGCCAUGAGGUCAUAAGGCUUGCAAAGGCAUGCACCCUCGAUCUGGCAAGCUUGGGGUAAGACACCGAAAAAUCUAGCCGGUCAAUUCAGACAUUGGC